UCCAUUUGCUUAUCGCAUUAGAGAGAAUUUAUGAUAUGGAUGUAGAUAAAAAAUCUACUAGUGUAGAUAAAAAAAUGCCUACUUUUAAAUAUAUAUAUGAUAAGUAGGCCAUUGAUUUUUCCUUUAUAAGUCGCGAACAAUCUCUUACUGGCCAGUCGUCAAUUGGGUGCAAGACAAAUAUGAGUCUCUCCGGUAAAGUGGUCCUAGUGACGGGUGGGAGCUCCGGCAUCGGCGCCGCUGCCGCCAUCUUGUUCACACAAGCAGCCGCUCGAGUCGCAAUCGUCGGCCGAAAUGAAACCAGACUCAACAACGUCGCAAAACAAUGCGCCGAAAAAGGAGAAGCUCCUCUUGUCAUCAAAGCGGACGUGUCCAACGAACAAGAAACUGCCACCAUAGUUGAACAGACCGUCGACAAGUUUGGUAAAUUAGACGUCCUUAUCAACAACGCUGGCUAUUCCAAGCCAGGCUCGCUACUCGAAGGCGACGUGCUCGAAGCGUACGACGAUGUAAUGAAGACUAACGUCCGAGCCGCCAUCCAUCUCACGAGCCUAGCGGCUCCUCAUUUGAUAAAAACCAAAGGAAAUAUCAUCAACACGUCUAGCGUGGUAGGCAUCCGCGCCCUAGGCCAACCGAUGUUACCCGCUUACUACAUUUCCAAAGCAGCUUUGGACCAUUUCACGCGCUGCGCUGCCUUAGAACUGGCACCUUCGGGCGUCAGAGUGAACAGCGUCAACCCUGGUCCAGUGAGAACAUCUCUUCUAGAAAAUGCCGGCUUCCCGGACCCCGAUGCGGCGAGGGAUUUGUUCAAGAGCCAUACAGCCCUGAACAGGCUUGGAGAACCGGAAGAAAUAGCUGAGCUUAUGUUGUUUUUGGCCAGUGACAGGGCGAGGAGCAUUACUGGGUCUCUUUAUGUAUCUGAUAAUGGGUUUUUGCUUAAAAAUUAAAUCCUUUUAUUUAAAGACGCGUUUUAUUACACUACACAG